AUGGGCUUGUUUGCCCGAACGGUUCCCGAUCUUCAACUUGCGCUCGAGCCCUUCUUCACACACAUCCUGGAUACGAACCCCUUUCACUCACCGACAUCCUUGCAGGGAACGAAAGUCGCAUUCUUAAAAACACACGUCUGGCCCAAGGCGGGACCGGGAACACAGGCGGCAUGGAAUAAGGCCCAGGAAAUACUCACCAACACAGGUGCAAUUUUGGAGGAUGCUGAACUGCAUCCUGACUUCUCUUCAUUUCCCGAAUUGACUAAGACUAUAUUAUCGAAAGAGGCACAAUCAUCAUUCCAAUCUUAUAUGUCAUCGUCGACGGAAUUGUUGGACGCCUCGAUCGUACAAACAGUGGAAAAUGGAAAAAGCAUCAGGACAGUCGAUCUGCUCCAAAGCUACAAUGAAGUUGCUCGUUUGCGACCGAUAUGGGACUCCUGGGCCAGGCAAUAUGACGUCAUCCUCACUCCCAGCGUGCCCGACGAGGCUCCGCGGGGGUUGGACUGGACAGGUGACUCGUCCUUUUGUUCCAUGUGGACAUUGCUUCAUGUCCCGGUCCUGAACAUUCCUAUCGCACAUGGUGAGAACGGUCUUCCAAUCGGACUGUCGAUGGUUGGACCUCGAUACGGGGAUAUGAAGGUCUUGAGAGCCGCAAGAUUACUUGAAGAGGUUUUGCGUUGA